UCACCCUGAGCCCGUAAUGAGCCGCGUCCUUGGCCAGCACUCUAAUGCACCUUUACACGCAGUCCAUGUAAAUGCGGGCAUCUGUCACAUUACCGACAUGAACAAGGGUGCGCUGGCAGUAAAAGCACGCAAAAGGAAGCCCGUGUGGACCCCCGUACGGAUACUGCACAUGCAGCGCGUUUAAUGCCUCUGCCACUGUACCUGUCGCUUUCUCGUACUGUACCCUGAUAAUCUGAUAUUGGUGGUACAUCGUUUGCGUGUGCAUGUUAGGGUAUGCGUGCGUAUGCUUGUGCGUUUUUGACUCUCCCCGGAAAUUUGCAGGGAAAUAUUGACAGCCGUGUCAUGAGCGCAAGUGAGCUGGGGAGGCAGGCUGAGCCGCAGUAGGACCAGCGGCAGUCGGCGGAAAGCGGCUGACUCUCCGUGCCCAGCGGACCCUGCGCCCUGCCCUCCCCCGGCGCUGUGCGGCGGACUCUCCGUGAUCGGCGGACACUGCGCCCUGCCCUCCCCCGGAAGAGUGCGGCGGACUCUCCGUGACCGGCGUAUCCUGCGCCCGUCCCCAUCCACGGACUCUCGUCGUCUCGUCUUCCGCUCUCAUCUGCGGCGGAAUAGCUCUCAUAGCCAGAGCUCGGUGCGCUCUUUUUCCUUUAGUGUGUUUUUAUUACCGAUCGGGAGCCAGAGGGGACGUCGGCCUCGCCGGACCCGCGUAACGAGGAAAGGCCCAUGUUGCAUGAAGACUCCAUGGACAGCAUGUCUGCUGGCUCCCUGGCUCUGUCUCAGCGAGGCGUCUGACUGAGCUGCGUCCCUAAGCAGAAAAAGCCACACAGCGGGGCUCAGCCCUCCACAACCCCUGCAGCCACCGGCUUGACUCUUGGUCCCGGCCAAUCAGAUGCACCCCGACAAUAAGUUGACCAAUCAUGGCAAGCAGGUGAACAGCAGUGCCCAGCCCCUGAUCCCCAAUGUAAAUCAGCAGCAGCAGCAGCCUGCCGGGGCUCUGGGGUCAAAGGGCGUGGCGGCGGGGGGCCAUGGAGCCAAGGCCAGUCAGAUCUCCCCGGGGAAUUCUGGGCUGAAGAGUGCCGGCGCAGGGGGGGCUGCAAAGGGCAAGGCUAAACGUGACAGAAGCAUGUGUAUGGACUCGGGGGAGCAGAGAGACGGCCUGACGCCCAUCCUGGAACCUGACGCCAAAGUAGAGGGCGCCAUGCGCAGCAAGCGGCGGUGUGUCCUGGUGAAGAAGCAGCCAUACAGCGGGGACGAGUGGUGCUCUGGGCCCGACACCGAGGAUGACGAGGACAAAGCGCUCGUUGGUGCUCACCGAGAGCCUUCAGUGGCAGGCCCCACUCAUUCCAUGACUGGACCCCCCCCAAUGGGCUCCAUCAGCGAAUCAGGGUGCUCUGCUUUGGGGCGGGGACUGGGGACAGGACCCGCCCAGCAGGUGGUGUAUGUUUUCACCACCAGCCUGGCUAACAGUGCGGCGGACGCCGUCAUGCACGGCCACGUCGACUCCAUCGUUACGUUUCACCAGCAGAACGUCCCGCACGCCAAGCUGGACAAGUGUCCCCCACCUGUGAAGCUCCCCACCCUCCCGGAGCAGAUGAACUCCAGCACCCCCCCGACCGGCACGCCCAAAUCGCAGAGCGGCACGCCCCGGCCGGCCUCCGUGGGAGGGGGAGCGGGGGGUCACCUGCUGUCAGGGAGCACCCCCACCUCCUCUGGCAAUGCUGAGGAGGACCUCCCUCAGGGCCGGCCUGCCGGCGUCUACGGUGGCCCGGGGGCACACCAGCCAGGGCCGGGUGCCGCUGCUACCCCCAGGCCCGGGGACCCCGAAGGGCCGGCCCUGCUGCCCCACGCUGCCACUGGUGUCUCCCCUUCGCCCAGUCCGGUGGCGUCCCUCCUGCAGCGGGAGCCGGGCCUGGUGGGGGUGCCUGGUGGCGCUGACAGGCUCUCCAAAGAGCAGCUGGAGCAUCGCGAGCGGUCACUGCAGACGCUGCGUGACAUCGAGCGGCUGCUCCUGCGCAGUGGGGCUGGCCCGGGGGAGCCCUCGGGGCCGGAUGGAAACACCGGCGACGCCCCCGGUGGGCCCAACGAUGGCGCUAACAACCCCGCUAACUGCAGCAGCAAUAACGGCGGCCUGCCUCCCCUAGGGCCCCUGCGCAAGUAUGAGGAGCCCCUGCAGUCCAUCAUCUCGCAGACGCAGAGCCUGGAGCCCUCUGGCCUGGACGAGCCGCCCAUGGGACCCCACGCCGGCCUGCUGUCCCUGCAUCACCAGGCCCCCUCGCCCACUGGCAUGGACGUGGGCGGCCUGCUGGGCCCUGACGGCCUCACCCCCGAGCAGGUGGCCUGGAGGAAGCUGCAAGAGGAGUACUAUCAGGAGAAGCGGAGGCAGCAGGAGAUGCACCCCCACCACUACAGGAUGAUACCUGAAGCGGGGAUGGGUGGGCCCAUGAUGCGAGGGCCCCCGCCGCCCUAUCACAGCAAGCCGGGGGAACAGCAGUGGCCACCGGCGGCCAUGAUGGGAGGCGGGAUGGGGCCGGGAGGCGGGAUGGGGCCGGGAGGCGGGAUGGGGCCGGGAGGCGGGAUUGGACCGGGAGGCGGGAUGGGGCCGGGAGGCGGCGGCCGCAUGAUGGACAUGCACCAGGAAGGGCCGAGGGCACAGCGCUUCCUGGGGCAGAUGCACAGAGCACCACCUGCUGGUGGGGGUGGUGGUGUCUACCCAGGUGGUGCUGGAGGAGUGCUGCCUAUCGAGGCAAUUGGGCACCAGAGGCCUUCCAGGCCAGGCAUGGGCUGGACCGAAGACAUGCCCCCCAACGUGGGAGCUGGGGGCCCUUUCCCAGGGUGCUACCCCCCCGGGGGCCUCAGUGGGCCUCCGCCCCACCUCCAGGUCAAUUCGGAGCGGUUCUUGACCCGGGAGGAGAUGUUUCGCAUGCUGGAGAAGAGGCAGCUGCAAGGGCUGCAUAGGAUGGAGUUGGAGAGGCUGGGCAAGCAGCAGGUAGGCCUGGGGGGGCCCAGAAUACUGGACAGCAUGGGUGGGGGGGGUUUCCCGGGUCCUGGCAUGGGUGGGGGCCCGGCCCCUCGAGGCGACCCCAUGGACUUUGCCAGCUCAAGGGCAAUGUUGGGCUCUCCCUUGGGGGGUGGCGGUGCAGGUGCCGGAGGGGGGCCCCCCCUCAGAGACUUGGUGGAUGCACCGAUGGGCAGUGUGAACAUGAACCCCCAGAUACAGCAGAUGAUCCUGGCGCAGAAGCUGCGGGCCGGUCCCGGACCUGGUCCCGGUACCCUGGGGGAGAUGCUGAGCUCGGAGGAAAUGUCCCGAAUCAGAGCAGCACAGAACGGCCGGGAGCUGGGCAGCGGCAUGCAGGCUAACAAAGGCAUGGCCCCUGGGAGAGGGGGGCCCCUUCAGUACCCCAAUCAGGGGCCCUUCCCAGGUGGCCCGGGGGCAGGCGGAUACCUCCACCAGGAAGCGGGUCCAGACAUGUUUGGGUCCGAGCACCAGGGUCCGCCUCUCAUGGGGGGCUCCAGGCUCAGCCACAUGCCCAUGAAUUCAGGCCCCCGGGGCCCUGAGCUUGGCCAGCGCCACCCCUCGGACCUUUCCAUCGGCGCCAAUCCCAUGGGCUCCCCGGCCACUCCUCUGCCCCAUCAGCUGAAAUCGCCCUCCCUCAGCCAGGAGGCCUCUCCUCUCAUGCCCUCCCCCUCUGCCCCCAGCCUGAAGUCUUCCCCCCCUCAGAUGUCCGCCACAGGGCCCCCUCCUCCACCGCUGCCAGCUACGAGUGGAGUGGGAACCCCGUCUUCCUCCAUGAAGUCCCCCCAGGUGAUGGGCCCCUCCUCUUUGGGCCUGCGCUCCCCCACCGGCUCCCCCGGCCGUCUGAAAUCACCAGCCAUGCCCGUGGCCUCCCCCGCUUGGGUGGCCUCCCCCAAGACGACGAUGCCCAGCCCAGGGGGGCCGCCCAGUGGCAAGGGCAUUGGAAAUGGAGGGAGCAGCUCGACCGAAACCGGGCCUUCCCUCCCUCCCAGAAGCACCAGUUCCACCCCCAUCAGUCAGCCCGGCUCCAUGAAUCCCAGCAUGCCGUUCACCUCUUCCCCUGAUGGGGUGCCCACUUCCCAAAAUCCCCUGUCCCUCAUGUCCCAGAUGUCUAAGUAUGCGAUGCCCAGCUCCACGCCACUUUACCAUGACGCCAUCAAGACCAUCGCCACCUCCGAUGACGAGAUGCUUCCGGAUCGCCCCCUAAUGCCUGGCGUCAACAUGACAGGAAACAUGGGAAGCCACCAGUCCUCCCAGAUGAUGCUCGCCUCCCAGAGCUCCAUGGGCCCCUCCAGUGGAGCCCAGAGUCCCAUGGGAAUGGUCCUGCAGGGACAGCCCCCACUGUCCCACGAACCCCCCGGGCCGCUGCUUCACUCGCCGGGCGCCAUGGGCAUGCCUGGCAUGACCCCGGGCAUGAUGGGGGGCCCCCCAGAUGGGAUGGAGCCCUGCAGCGUCUCACCAAUGCUCCAGCAGAACCUCAUGGGGGGCUUCUCCCGCAUGCAGCCGCCCCCCCAGGGGCCACUGCACUCCCCCGGGCCCGGCAUGCCUCAGCAGUACCCUCAGCCACCAGACGAGGUGCUUCCCCACCACCAGCUGCAGCUACUGGGAAAGGGGCUGCCCCAGCAGAGGCCCCCGCACCCCGUGGAUGCCUUCCACCCCGUGCCAGCGGGGGACAGCCCCGACCUGAGCGACGUCAUCCGGCCGACUCCCACAGGGAUCCCCGAGUUCGACCUGUCGCGCAUAAUCCCGGCCGACAAGCCCAGCAGCACCCUGCAGUACUUCCCCAAGAGCGAGGCCCAGUCACACCAGGGGCCAGUCCCGGGCCCCCAGCUCCUGAAGCCGCACCCCCCGGGCGGCCCUGCGUUGGCCGGCGCCCCCUCGUCCAACCCCCACAUCGCCAGCCUGCAGAAUAUGAUGGCAGAGCAGCAACUGCAGCCGCCCCACCCGUCACACCCAGCCAUGCGCAUGGGCAUGGGCAUGCCCCCCGGUGGGCCGCGGGGCCUGGCGCCAGGGCCGGGCAUGGGCCCUGCCUGUCAUCCUGGGCACGGCAUGGGCAGGACAGCCAUGAUGCCCCAGCCACAACAGCACCAUCACCACCAUCAGCAGCAGGCCAUGAUGGCCGACAGCAUCCUGCACCAAGCGCCACAUCCCCACCCUGGCGUGAUGUCGCCCCAGCAGCAUCAGCAGAGCCUCAUGAUGAUGCAGGCCAAGCAGCGAGCCUUGUCCGUCCCCGGAGACCCUUAUGGACCCCAGGGGCUGCUGAUGUCCCCCCAGGGCCCCGUGAUGAUGGGGCCCCAGCCCCUGAGACAGCGCGGCAUGUCCCUGGACAGUCCCUUGGGCUACGGGCACGGUGGCAUGGCCAACAUGCCCUUCUGAAUCACCUCCCCCAAUCUGUAAAAACUGCUCUCUAUUAUGUCCUUAUGGUAUUAUCAAUGUUACUAUGGCAACUUGUGUCAUUAGUAUUGCUGUCCUUAAAUGCUCUUUUAAUUUGGAUAAAAACUGAAAAAAAAUGGUUCAUCUUAAAUGGGUCAUCUUAAAAAAAAAAAAAAAAGUUUAAAAAAGAAAAAAAAUUUGUAAUAUCGAAGAUUGCCUUUGACAUGGUACUAAACAAUAAAUCAGAUCAUUGUGAAGCCAUUUUUAUACCUGUAAAAUAUGUACAUUUCACAGAUCAGUAAAUUUGGUGGGGAAGCUAGUUAGGAGAGGGCUGCAGAUAGUAAUUUUUAUCUAUUUUCACUUUAUUUGGAUUUUUUCCUCUGGCUACCAAACUGUUGUGAAUGAGAAUACAUAAAUAUAUAUAUCGGUGCUGUAUAUAUGAUGCAAUUUGUGGUUGUUUGCAACUGUUCUGUAUAACUGUGUUUUAAUAGAAGCCUAAAAAUCUGGGGAGGGGGGAGAAAAGGCUGUUAAAGCAGUUUUUGUCCUCUGC